AUGGUAGAGGAUCAUACGUUAGGUUCAACGAUCGUAAAAGCUCGUUUUGGAAGCGAUAUUCGAAAAGUGGUUGUACACCACAACGAUGAUUUAUCAUACAAUGACUUAGUUCUCAUGAUGCAAAGGAUUUUCAAAAUCAAAUCGUCGGUGAACAUUUCACUGAAAUACAAAGAUAAAGAAGGAGAUUUAAUCACAUUGGCUGAUGAUCAUGAUUUACUUCUUGCGCUUAAAACCGAACAGUCGCCAAUUUCAAUUUUUGUUUUACCUGAGGGCUGUGAAUUACCUCAAAUUAAGAAGUAUUUUUUUGUUGUAAAUUUGAUUUUUUUAUUUUUAGAAAAAUUAAAUAAAUCGAGAAUAAAUUUCAUAUUCAUUGAAUUUCUAUUUUUUGAGUGGAGAUUUUAUGAUUAUAAAUAUUAUAAAUAUUAA